AUGAGACCGCAGCGGACCAUGUUCAGUCUGUGGAGAUCGACAGCCCAAGCAAGCGCUUGUCUGAGGACCACCGAGACGGCCGCCGCCGUGGAAAAAGACGAAGACAAAGACGAGGAGCGCGCCUUUCAGGUUCAGUUCCUCAACAAGCUGAAUCUCCCGACGUACUUCGGCAGCCCAGUCGGAAAAGAUGGAACGUUUAUCAAGACCUUCGUGAAGGCGCUGCUGAAGAACAAAAAACUCCGGAAGAGGACAUUCCAGGAUUGGGCAACGGCAAACCUUGACGGCAACAUCUUGAAGCAAUCGCUCGGAGGCUGA